AUGCAGAGAAAGGUGGUAGAUAUACUGUGGAGUGACCCCAUGGCUCAGGAGGGCUGCAAAGCCAACACCGUUCGUGGGGGAGGCUGUUAUUUUGGACCUAAUGUGACAGAACAGUUGCUGCAGAAAUAUAACCUGCAAUUCAUGAUCCGCUCACAUGAGUGCAAACCUGAAGGCUAUGAAUUCUGCCACAGUCGAAAGGUGUUAACCAUCUUUUCUGCCUCCAACUACUAUGAAGUUGGCAGUAACAAAGGUGCCUAUGUCACACUGGGGCCAGCCCUGACCUCGCACAUCGUGCAGUAUCAAGUCAAUAAGGCCACCCACAUGCUAAUCAUGUGGCAGAGGCAAGACUUUUCAAUUAGCAGGGUAGAGGAAUCAGCUCUGAGAGCUCUGCGGAAAAAGUUAUUUGCUCAUUCUUCAGAUCUUCUCAGUGAAUUUGAGAGACUCGAUGCAGAGAAAACUGGGCUGAUUAGCCUGAGCGACUGGGCAGCAGCUGUGGAGUCUGUGUUGCGUCUUGGCCUGCCAUGGCGGAUGCUGAGGCCGCAGCUGGUGAGCAACUCAGCAGACAGCUGACUGGAGUACAGGUCCUGACUGGAGGACUUGGCCAAGGGACAACUGAGCCAUGAGAAUAUACAGUCAAAUUUGCUGGAAACCUAUCAAAAUUGAUCCAACUUGGAGAAUAUUUUUAGGAUCAUAGGGCUCAUAUCCCUGGACGAGUUCGGGCAGACCCGGAAGCUCUUUCGCCCUCAUAUGAACAUUGACAUCACAGAUGACUGCAUCUGUGGCCUGGCUCGGAGCAUUGACUUCAGUAAAGAUGGCCACAUCGCCAUCACUGAGUUCCUGGAGGCUUUCCGCCUCAUGGAGAAAUUGGCUCAGAGAGCGGAAGGUUUGUCAGAUGAGAGCAGUGACAGCAGUCCUGGGUACAGGAAACACUACUACGUAUUUCGGAUGCUGCCAAUUCAAAGAUUGAAAGGGAAACCAGAAAAUGCUUUUGAGAGGAAGGCAGCUGAUUUGCUGGCAGAUUUGUGGCCUUCCAGCGUUUUUGGAGCACGAGAUCUUAGACCCUCAGAGAGCAUGUUGGCACACAUCCAGCCUCAGCGGGUGUCUGCUGUUCCUAGACAAAGCCCAUCCACUCAGGCUCCUCCUGUUUUGGGGAGCACAGCUCUGCGUGGCCCUGCUUUUACCCUCUCCACCCGGUCCAAAAUAACAGAGAGAAAUAGUGGGGCCUCUGUCCCUGGGAACCUGGGGACCUAUUAUGAUAUGUCAGCCAAGUUUUCCCUGACACCCCAAGUUCUGACUACUGCAGGUGUUCCCACAAAGGAAGAAUUCUAUAGUACCAGCCCUCCCACCUUCUCUACCUCUAAAGAGCCCCGAGGAGAUGUGUAA